UGUUUUCGAACGAGUCCGUUCGUCUUGUUUUUAAUCGAUGGUUCCCGUCGUCUGUUGUCAGCCAUUAGCCGAAUAAAACUGAUCGCAUAUAAAUUGACUUAUUAUUUAUAUAAUAACUUGGUGUCAGAGAAGUGGUAAAGAAAAAUGGAAGUAGAAGAAUAUAAGAAACUUCUGGAGCAACAGUCCCAAUUGGUAGCCGUGAUGCAGCAACAAAUGCUCAUGCUGCAAGACCAAGUGAAAAAUGUCACAUCUGCAGAGGUCAAAAGCCGCGUCUCCGUGCCCUGGCCGCAGCCUUUAGAAGUGGAUGAUGGCGAUCCUUAUGAAAAUCUUACCUUUUUUAAGAGCCGCUGGGAAGAUUAUUGCCUUGCUACCGGAAUGAAUAAUUGGAGUACCGAAAAAGAAGAAACAAAAUCAGGCCUUCUCCUGAGCGCAAUCGGUAGCAAAGCUAUGAAAAAAUAUAUGGAUUUUGGAUUGUCCGAGAUAGAAAAGAAGAGUCAUAAUAAAAUAUUUGCAAAAAUGGAAGAGGCCAUAUUUCAAAAAACAAAUGUAAUAUUCUCGAGGUACUUGUUCAAUAUCAAAAACCAGAAUGAAGAAAGCUUUGACGAGUAUUUACUGGCUCUAAAGAAACUGGCUAAAAGGUGCAAUUAUAAAGAGUUUGAAGAAGAGAUUUUAAGAGACAGAAUUGUGGUAGGAAUAAAGGAUGGUGAAGUUAUCAAAGAGUUAUUGAAAAAGCAAGACCUAACUUUAGAAACAGCCAUAAACAUUUGUCGUGCUUCGGAAGGUGCAGCUGCUCAAGUUGCAGAUUUACAGAAAUCAGAAGCAGUUAACAAGAUUUCCAAGAAUAAAAAGCUUAAAAAUGACACACCUAAGAAGUGUAAAUUUUGUGGAGGUGUUCAUGUGUACCAAAAGAAAGUAUGCCCAGCCUGGGGACAGCGUUGUGAUGAAUGUGGGGGUCGAAACCAUUUUAAAAAUGUUUGUAAGAAGCGUGAAACAGUAAAAGAAUUACAAGAAGACUCGGAUGAUAGUGUCAUCAUAGCAGAGGUGAGGCACAAUGAAGAGUCAGGUCAUGCAGAGGCACCACUUUUGUUCCAUAUCGGUGAGAAAAAACAGAAAAUAUACUGUACUCUGGACACAGGAGCAGCAGUUUGUGUGAUGGGAGCAGAAUAUUAUAAAAAGUUAACGGGACAAAAGGACUUAUUGUCUUUAACUCCACCAGUAAAAAAGUUGAAAGCUUUUAAUGGCUCUCCCAUCAUUAACUAUGGAAAUGCAUCCUUCAUAGUAACCAGAAAGAAUAAGGAUUAUAAAUUAAACUUUCACAUCGUCAAUGUAAACCAUGAACCGCUUCUAUCAGAGAAAGCUUGUUUAGCUCUAGGCUUUAUUCAAUACUGUGAUGAACUAUCAACAGACCUGGAUCGUUCUAAAGCUAAGCAAAUAAUGAAACAGUAUGAAGAUGUCUUUGAGGGUUAUGGCAGCCUCCCGGGUGAAGUGUCAUUGGAGCUGGAUGAAUCUAUUCCUGCCCGCAUUCAGCCUGCACGUCGAGUCCCAGUUGCUCUAAAAGAAAAAUUAAGAACAGAACUGGAACAACUGGAAGCCGAUGGUAUCAUAGCGAAGGAGACACAGCACACAGAUUGGGUGGCUCCGACUCCCGUUCGGGCUCUGUUCAUCGCCUGAGAUCUUCCAGCAACAACUCUCCAGCCUACUAAAAGACAUAAAGGGCAUCGAGAUUAUAGCAGAUGACAUUUUAAUUUACGGUGUUGGAGAGACCAUCGAAGAAGCAGUGUUGGAUCAUAACAGUAAAUUGGAAAAAUUACUAAUAAGGUUAAGAGAAAUAAAUUGUAAGUUGAAUAAAGAUAAAGUAAAUCUGCUAAAAACAUCAGUGAAAUUUUAUGGACAUAUAUUAACCAACGAAGGUUUAAAGGUGGAUAAAACUAAGGUAGAGGCUAUUAACAACAUGCCCACUCCUACAUCUAGUAAGGAUGUUUUACGUUUUCUGGGAAUGGUUGGAUACCUUAGCAGAUUCAUAAAAAAUCUUAGUGUUCAAGCUACACAUCUUAGGAGGCUUACUAGAAAAGAUGUGGAUUUUGUUUGGUCUGAAGCAGAGGAUAAAGAAUUUAAUAUGAUAAAAAAGAAAGUUACUGCUUUGCCUACACUGCAAUAUUUUGAUGUAAAUCAAGAAGUUAUUCUAGAAUGUGACGCUAGUGAAUAUGGCUUGGGUGCUGCAAUGUAUCAAAACAAGCAGGUAAUAGCUUUUGCAUCUAGAUGUUUGACAAAAACUGAAAAAAAAUAUGCUCAAAUAGAGAAAGAAAUGUUGGCAGUGGUGUUUGCUUGCAUACGAUUUAAUCAAUAUGUAGCUGGUAAUAGUAAAAUUAUUGUCAAGACAGAUCACAGACCAUUAAUUAAUAUUGUAAAUAAACCACUGAUUGAAGCCCCAAAGAGACUGCAAAUGAUGCUACUUACGCUACAAAAAUAUAAUGUACAGUUACAGUUUAUUCAAGGAAAAGAAAAUGUUGUAGCAGAUGCCCUAUCCAGAGCUCCGGUACAGGAAGUAGGUGACACUUAUGAUCUGGAAAGUAAAAUUAAAGAAAAAAAAGUUUUUAAACUGAUAAGCAAAAUUUCAAGUCCAAAAUAUUUAAAGAUCACAGAUAAACUCUUAGAAAAGAUUAAAGAAGAGUCAAUAAAAGACAAACUUUGUCUACAGUUAAGUGAAUAUAUUAUUAAUGGAUUCCCCAGAUACAUAUCAGACAUGCCGGCAGAGGUCAAGAUCUUUUACAAAUUUAAACAUGAACUGUCAACAUCUGAUGGGCUCAUUUUUAGAAAUAACCAGGUAUUGAUUCCAGAAGCAUUAAGAGCAGAGAUGAUGCAAAGAGUUCAUGUCAGUCACAAUGGAGUCUCUAGUACACUUCGUUUAGCUAAGGGAAACAUUUUCUGGCCUGGAAUGUCUGGUGAACUAAAAAAAUAUGUUGAGAAAUGUACAUUUUGUAUGGCUCAUGCUCCGUCACAACAGAAACUUCCUCUAAUGUGUCAUGACGUACCGGCUUACCCUUUCCAAUAUGUAUCCAUGGAUGUGUUUUCAGUGGGAGAUCUAAAGUUUUUGGUCACUAUAGAUCAUUACUCAGAUUUUUUCGAAUUAGACAAAAUUUCUAAUUUAACAGCUAACGAAAUCAUAUCCAUCUGUAAGAAAAACUUUGCUCGACAUGGUGUUCCUCAGAGAGUAUGCACAGACAAUGCAACCAAUUUUGCCAACGAGGCCUUUAAGAAGUUUGCAGAUAAGUGGAAUUUCGAGCAUGUAACAUCAUCACCACAUCACUCAGAGUCUAAUGGAAAAGCCGAAGCUACCGUGAAAAUUGCAAAAAAGUUAGUAAUUAACAGCCUGGAAACCAAACAAGAUUUAUGGUACAGUUUACUUCAUCAGCGUAAUGUUCCUAUAGAAAUGGACUUUACCAGUCCUUCUCAGAAAUUAUUUUCAAGAAGAACACGUUCUGGACUUCCUUGCCUAUUAAGACACUUAAAGCCAAAAAUUAUUUCUGAUAUUCCAGUUAAAAUAAAAAAAAGAAAAGAGAAGAUAAAACGGAAAUGGGAUAAAAGAUGUGCUGAGCUGCCAGAAUUGCAGGUAGGACAGAAUGUUGUUACUCAACUUCAGCCCGAGAUUGAUAAGAGGUGGAGUUUUGGUACUAUCACUAAGAAGCUAAAUAAAAGAUCGUACAUAGUACAGGUAAAAGACAAAGCAUACAGAAGAAGUAGAAUUCACAUAAAGCCCUACAGUGGGGACAUUGUAGACGGUGGUUACCUUAGUCAGACACAGGUCCCAGAUCACCAACCACUUGACUGGCAGAGAGUACCAGAGUUUUCUGGAUUUGAAUUAGUUGAACAGAAUCAGAAUGAUAACCCUUUUGUGGUUCAGCCACCUAUCAGAGAACAGCCACCACCGAUGGAACCUGAAGAGGCCGUGCGCCGCAGUGGGCGGGCUAGGACACAACCACAUCAUCUAAGAGACUAUAUUGUAUCUUGUUUUGAGAAAGGGAGAUGUUUCCGAACGUGAUUAUUUAGUUAUAAGUGUUUUCGAACGAGUCCGUUCGUCUUGUUUUUAAUCGAUGGUUCCCGUCGUCUGUUGUCAGCCAUUAGCCGAAUAAAACUGAUCGCAUAUAAA